CCCAAUGUGAUGAAGAAAAGUGGAAAAGUUUUGAUGACAGCAGAUCUGGGACAGGAAUAUGACUUGACUGAUAUAAAUGGUAAAAAACCGUUAAACAUGCGGUCCAUUAAAGACCUGAUGUUUCUGAACGGGAACUCCUGGCUUUCUGCCGUCACUCCUGGAGCCAUCAAGGUACCUCUCUGGAUGAUGUCUAUGAGAGGAAAGAAGUUGUAAAUAACCAAACUGAAGACAGGAGCCUAGAUCAACAUACACAUACCACAUGUUUUGACAGCUUCCACAGGGUACUGUAUGGCAUGAUAUGAUAUUUAGCCAAGAUCCUCGGGGUAAUCUGUCAUAUAUUUAGACAAGAUCCACAGGGGAGGCUGUUUAUAUAUUUAGACUAGAUGGAUUUUCUGUUAUAUAUUUUUACUGGCUCAAUAAUAAGGUGCUCUGUCACACAUUUAGGCUGGAUCCACAGAGUACUCUGUCACAUAUAUAAUGAGGCUGAAUGCAGUGAAUUCUCUUGCAGUUAUUUUAGAUACAGUACACAGCUCACUCCUUAUGUAGACUGGGUACGCUGCCAUAUAUUUCAUAUCUUUAAAAAAUUUUAAAGCUGUGAAUAAUGUAUAAGCAUAUGUGAUUAUGUAGUUAUUUUUGAUUGGCGAUAGUACCCAAAGCUACUAAUACUUUAAUUUUCAUUGUAAGGGCUGUUAUUGUCUCACUGGGAAUUUGUGCCUGUCUGGUACCCAGGCUCUGUUAUAAUACUAGUUUGUAUCAUGAUGUUGUAUGGGAGAAAGUCGGGGGCAGAUCCAGAGAUAUUUUCUGACAGGCUUCCAAAUUAUCUUUAUUGACCGUCUUCAGACAGAAAAAAUUAGAUACCGUCAAUGUAAACUUGAAAAUCUGACCAGUUUCCGGAAGACCCAGAAGACGGUCUUAAUCCACCUGUGAAAGUCACCUGUAUUAUACAAGCCAAGGAACUUAUGGCCAGUAUAUCUGAAUAGGCCUUUUGCAGCUAGCAUAGAUGACUAGAUGUUGACUUCUUUUGUUUACUGAAGAGCUUGUUCUCGAGUAAACAAAAGAAUGCUGCAGAGCGAGCUCUUCAGUAAACGAAAUGAAAUCAUCUUGCUUUAAAAGGCCUGUUGGGUCCAAAGAGAUGUAUGAUGUUUUCAACGUAACAGAACAUUUCCAAAAUUUUUUCUAACUGUGAUACAAAUCCCUUUUUUUCUUAACUAUAAGUAUCAGCAUGCUUGGAGAAAUUCAAAAUAACUCCAAUACUCUACUUGUCCUAGCAUUUUUUACAGGGGUGACAACUCCACCUUCUCUGGAUGAAUUGAUGUUGGGUAGUCACUGGUGUCAUGUGCAAUGUUGUGACUUCUGUUUUAAAAUGCAAUAUGCAUUAUAAAAAUUAACUUUAAUUCCACAUUUAUCUUAGUUUAAAACAACUACCAGGGUAGGUUAAUCAAAACAUGAACACGUUUUCAAAAAAUAAAAGGGAAAUAGAAAAAGAAUGAAUAAAAUGCCAGAUCUAUCACUUGUCCACAAGGUGUGUACCAGUCAAAAGUAAAGUAAAUUUUAACAUAUAUUUGAUAUUUUGUAGGAAACAUUCUUUAACUGAGCAGUUAUUAUGUUUUUUUUUCACCUGUGUAUUUUUUUUAAAGUAUAGGAACCGAUUUUUAUGUAUGUGCAUGUGCAGCCUGUAGACUUCCUGGCUCUGUCAUACUUUCUAUUUUUAUACAUUUUAUAAUUGUUUAGAUGAUACAUUAAAUUUUUUCAUACUUCGAUAUCAUAAUUAGAAUAGCAAUAGUCGAAAUUAUACACAUUUUAAAAUGAUUAUUAACAGCAAGUUUCACACAAUCAGAUAAGGUUAUUGAUUCUGAAGUGAGAAAAGUCUGCGCCAGCAGCUAUUUAAACAUUUUUCUGGCGUGAAGGGUAUUUUCUGAUUUAUUGAACUGUUUAAUCACUGAAGAGAAAUUUAAUUCCUUGGCAAAUAAAACAUUCCAUCAAUUACUGUAUGUUUUUGUU